AUGAUCAACGAAACAUUCCUAAAUCAUGAGCCUGAGCACUUUUAUGACUACUUUCCAACUAGUGUCUCAUGUCCUCAAUCAGAAUUAAGCGAUUAUGAAUCUCCAAUUAGAUAACAUUAUAUUAGUUCUUUAUGCUUCUAAAUUAAAAAAAAAAUCAAAAGAUAAUAGAAUCGACCGAGUUUUUUGAAAAUUGAAGAUAGUGGAAGAAAUGUAAAAUUAUAUUCAUGCUCUCUUUCAUCUAAUAAUACAGAGAAACCUGAAAAUGAUACUAAAUGA